AUGCGACACCUGUGGCUCUCGGGAACUUGGGAACUCUGGGUGCUGCUCCUGUGCUCCUGUGCGGACCCGCGCACUGUUGAUUCUAAAAUAAUUCCCAAGGUCACAGAAGUAAUACCUAAGUAUGGCAGCAUAAAUGGAGCAACAAGACUGACUAUCAAAGGAGAAGGUUUUGCUCAAGCAAAUGAAUUUAACUAUGGAGCUGAUGAUGCUGAGUUGGGAAACAGUGUACAACUAGUUUCUUCCUUCCGAUCAAUUUCUUGUGAUGUAGAAAAAGAUUCAAGUCAUUCAACUCAAAUUAUAUGCUAUACUAGGCCAAUGCCAGAAGAUUCCUACACUGUUCGAGUCAGUGUGGAUGGGGUUCCUGUUACAGAAAAUAGUACCUGUAAAGGUCACAUCAGUAGCCAGGCAUGCAGCUUCCAUACAAAAAGUUUCAGAACCCCAACAAUAAGGAGCAUUACACCUUUGUCUGGAACUCCAGGCACAUUAAUAACAAUUCAAGGCAGAACCUUCACUGAUGUCUACGGAAGCAAUACUGCUCUAAGCUCAAAUGGGAGAAAUGUUAGGAUUUUGAGAGUUUAUAUUGGAGGGAUGCCCUGUGAGCUUCUCAUACCACAAUCUGAUAAUUUGUAUGGUGUAAAACUGCAUCCUCCAAGUGGAGAUAUGGGGUCCAUAAUUUGUAAAACUACUGGAACUUAUAUUGGUCAUCACAAUGUCAGCUUCAUCUUAGAUAGUGAUUAUGGAAGGAGUUUCCCACAAAAGAUGGCAUAUUUCAUUUCUUCUCUAAAUAAGAUUUCAAUGUUUCAAACGUAUGCAGAGAUCACUAUGAUUUCACCUUCACAAGGAAGCAUUCAAGGCGGCACCUUGCUGACUAUAAGUGGACGGUUCUUUGAUCAGACAGAUCUCCCCAUCAGAGUUCUAGUUGGAGGUCAAACCUGUGAUAUUUUGAAAAUCACAGAAAGUAACAUAUAUUGCAAGACAACCUGUAAACCUGAUAGCAUCAGAACUAUAUAUCCAGGUGGGAGAGGAUUAAAGCUUGAAGUAUGGAAUCACAGCCAACCUGUACAUCUUGAAGAGAUACUUGAAUACAAUGAAAACACACCAGGGUAUAUGGGUGCCAGCUGGGUAGAUUCAACUUCCUAUAUUUGGCCCAUGGAACAAGAGAAUUUUGUUGCACGCUUCAGUGGAUUUUUGGUGGCUCCAAAUUCUGAUGUUUAUAGAUUCUACAUCAAAGGUGAUGACCGAUAUGCUAUUUAUUUUAGCCAGACUGGAUUUCCAGAAGAUAAGGUGAGAAUUGCAUACCAUUCUUCUAAUGCCAACAAUUAUUUUUCCAAUCCAACACAAAGAUCAGAAGACAUCCAUCUUCAGCAAGGAAAAGAAUAUUACAUUGAAAUAUUGCUGCAAGAAUAUAGACUAAGUGCUUUUGUUGAUGUUGGACUGUACCAGCAUAAGAAUGUCUACACUGAGCAACAAACAAAAGACGCAAUAAAUGAAGAACAGGUUAUCCAAUCCCAGUCGACAAUUAUUCAGGAAGUACAGGUGAUAACAUUGGAAAACUGGGAAACAACUAGUGCAACUAGUGAAGUUCAGAAGAUCACGGUAACCAGCCCAUGUGUGGGAGAGUUGUCAUGUUCUCUUUACCAGUACAGAUUAAUCUAUAACAUGGAAAAGACUGUCUUGCUGCCUGCUGAUGCUUCUGACUUCAUGCUGCAAUCAGCCUUAAAUGACCUCUGGUCCAUAAAACCAGAUACAGUUCAAGUAAUAAGAUCACACACUCCCCAAAGCUAUGUUUACAUGGUAACCUUUAUAUCUACAAGAGGAGACUUUGAACUGCUUGAUUAUGAAGUAAUUGAAGGGAAUAAUGUCACACUGGAUAUUAUAGAACAAACCAAAGGAAAACCCAGUUUGGACACAUUCACACUGAACUGGGAUGGAGUCAUCUCUAAACCUCUUACACCAUGGUCAUCAGAAGCUGAAUUUCAGGCAGCAGUAGAAGAAAUGAUCACCACUAAGUGUCCACCACAAAUUGCAAAUUUUGAAGAAGGAUAUAUUGUGAGAUACUUCAGAGAUUAUGAAACUGAUUUUGACUUGGACCAUGUUAAUAGAGGACAGAAGACAGCUGAGACUGAUGCUUAUUGUGGUCGUUAUUCCCUGAAAAACCCAGCUGUUCUUUUUGACUCAGCAGAUGUUACACCAAACAGACUACCAUAUGGAGACAUUUCAUUAUUUCCUUAUAAUCAGUUAUGUUUAGCAUACAAAGGCUUCCUGAAACCUCAUAUUGGAUUGAAGUUCCAAUACCAAGAUAAAAACAGGAUUACUAGAAGCACUGAUAAGCAGUUUACAUUUAAUUUUGCUGAUGGAACCAACUGGACUUACACUUGCAUAGAUCUUCUAGAUCUCAUACAAUCCAAAUAUGCUGGGACAAAUUUUUCUCUUCAAAGGAUUAGUUUACAGAAAAUAUCAGACUCACAGUCCUUUUAUGUGGAUAUAGUAUACAUUGGACAAAUAUCUACAACCUCAGCCUGGUACGAGAUGCCAAAGAGAAGACUUCCAGCAUUGGCAAACAAAGGGAUAUUUUUAAAGCACAUUCAGGUGAAUCAGACCAAAAUUAAUGGACCAAAUGUGACUAGUCAAUAUUCUGUCACCAUGACUUCAUAUAACUGCAGUUACAAUAUACCCAGGAUGGCUGUGAGCUUUGGGCAGGUAAUCACAAAGGAGAAAGAGAAUGAAUCUGUUUACAGAGGAAAUAAUUGGCCAGGGGAGUCAAAGAUUCGCAUUCAGAGAAUUCAAGCAGCGUCUCCACCUCUCAGUGGCACCUUUGAUAUUCAGGCUUAUGGUCAUGUUCUCAAAGGCCUCCCUGCUGCUGUGUCAGCUGCAGAGCUGCAGUUUGCUCUCCAGAGUCUAGAAGAUGUGGGGCAAGUCUCAGUUACACGAGAGGGAACCUGUGCUGGAUACUCAUGGAACAUCAAAUGGAGAAGUGCCCGUGGAAAGCAGAAUCUUCUACAGGUUAAUGCUUCCAACAUUAUUGGAGAAAAGGCUAAUAUGACCGUUAUGAAGAUCAAGGAAGGAGGCUUAUUCAGACAGCGCAUACUUGGAGACCUACUUCGGACACCGAACCAACAGCCACAGGUUGAAGUCUAUGUCAAUGGCAUUCCUGCUAAAUGUUCAGGUGACUGUGGUUUCACCUGGGAUCCCAAGGCUACUCCCCUCAUCUCUGCAAUAAGCCCUUCUCAAGGGUCUUAUGAAGAAAACACCAUUCUAACCAUAUUAGGUUCUGGAUUCUUUCCUAGUUCAGCUGUUUCAGUUUCAGUUGGACCAGUAGGUUGUGCUCUUAUUUCGGUGAAUGAAAAUGAGAUCAAAUGCCAGAUUAUGAAUGGGAGUGCUGGACAGUUCCCAGUUACUGUGUCCAUAGCUGACGUUGGACUAGCCCAAACUCUGGAGGGUGAGGUGUUCCACUUCAUAUAUCGAAGUCAAAUCUCACACAUCUGGCCUGCAUCUGGAAGUCUAGCAGGUGGUACUCUCCUGACAUUAUCUGGAUUUGGCUUUAAUGAAAAUUCAAAGGUGUUAGUUGGAAAUGAAACUUGCAAUAUGAUUGAAGGGGGUGUGAAUAAAAUAACCUGCAGAACACCAAAAAGAAUUGAAGGUACAGUUGAUGUUUCAGUUAUUACCAAUGGAUUUCAAGCCUCAGCUAAGGACGUUUAUAGUUACAAUUGUUUACAGACUCCAGUUAUCACUGAUUUUAGUCCAAAAGUACGGACAAUAUUAGGAGACAUUAAUUUGACAGUUAAGGGUUAUAACUUUGGAAAUGAACUGACACAAAACGUGGGAGUGUAUGUUGGAGGAAAACCCUGCCCGAUUCUUCACUGGAACUUCACAGAUAUCAGAUGCCUUUUGCCUAACUUGUCUCCUGGAAAACAUGACAUCCAUGUAGAAAUCAGAAACUGGGGUUUUUCAUCUACCAGAGACAAGUUAAAUGCUUCUAUACAAUAUAUUUUGGAAGUGACCAACAUAUUUCCAAAGAGAGGCUCCUUAUUUGGUGGAACUGAAGUCACUAUAAUGGGCUUGGGAUUUAGCACGAUCCCAUCUGAGAACACUGUGCUCUUAGGGUCCUUUCCUUGUAAUGUGACAUCAUCAUCAGAAAAUGUCAUAAAAUGUGUUCUCCAGUCUCCAGGGAAUGUAUUCAGGAUUACCAAUAGUGGGGAGGAUUCAGUACAUGGAUUAGGCUAUGCCUGGUCUCCAUCAGUGUUAAAUGUGUCUGUGGGUGACACAGUGACAUGGCAAUGGCAAACACAUCCCUUUCUCACAAGGAUAGGAUUUAGAGUUUUCUCUGUGUCCAGUCCUGGAAGUGUAAUUUAUGAUGGUAAAGGUUUUACAAAUGGAAGAGAAAAAUCUGCAUCAGGUUCAUUUUCCUACCAAUUUACUUCACCUGGAAUCCAUUAUUAUAGCAGCGGGUAUGUUGAUGAGGCUCAGUCCGUGUUUCUCCAAGGAGUCAUUAAUGUUGUGCCUGCUGAAACCAGGGAUCUUCCUCUGCACCUGUUUGUGGGUGGCACUGAAUCCACCUAUACUCAAGGUGGACCUGUGAAUUGGCACCUGGGAAGCUCAGUGGCCAGCUGCUUAGCUACAGAACCACCGUGUGACCUGAACAAUACUAGGGUUAAAAAGUCAGAUAGAUUCUACUUUCAACUCUCAAGUUGUUUCUCACCAUUUAUAAGCAAAAUUAGUCCUUCCUCUGGAACAGUUAAAGAAAUGAUAACAAUUUCUGGACGUGGCUUCAGUAAUACCACUUGUGCUAAUAAGGUUACAGUUGGUGGCUACCCUUGUGUUGUAGAAGAGAGUCUUGACCAUUCUAUUAUGUGUCAUAUUGACCCUCAAAACUCAAUGGAUGUCGGCAUCAGGGAAAUUGUCACAUUAACUGUCUACAAUCUGGGCACUGCAAUCAAUACCCUGUCCAAUGAAUUUGAUAGGCGAUUUGUGCUUUUGCCAAAUAUUGACAUGGUGGUGCCAAAUGCAGGGUCAACCACAGGAAGGACAAAAGUGACCAUAAAAGGAUCUGGAUUUGCAGCUUCUUCUGCAGAUGUAGAAGUCCUUCUGGGGUAUUUUCCUUGCAAAGUCCUCUCAGUGAAUUAUACAGCCAUCGAAUGUGAAACAUCUCCUGCUUCCCAACAGCUUGUGAAAGUAGAUCUUCUAAUACAUGGAGUGCCUGCCCAGUGUCAGGGGAACUGUAGCUUUUUAUAUUUAGAAAGCAUUGCUCCUUCCAUAACAAGGAUAUCCCCAAACUCUAUCAUAGGGUCUGAAAUGAUUCUUGUUGAAGGAGAAGGCUUUGGCACCAUCUUGGAGGACAUUGCUGUUUUCAUGGGAAACCAGCAGUUCCAAGUAAUAGCUGUUAAUGAAUAUAACAUUACUGUUCUUGUGACUCCCCUCCCGGCUGGACUCCAUUCUCUUAGUGUUGUGGUGGGGUCCAAAGGCUUAGCUCUGGGGAACCUGACUGUCAGCAGCCCCGCAAUAGCAUCUCUCACGCCAACUUCCGGAAGCAUUCGUGGCGGAACUACUCUAGUGAUCGUAGGAAAUGGUUUCUAUCCAGGCAACACCACGAUAAUUGUUGGGGAUGACCCUUGUCAAAUCAUUUCUGUCAACUCCAGUGAAGUCCACUGCCUCACUCCUACCGGGACAGCUGGAAGAGUCGGCGUGAAGGUCUUUGUUAAUGCAGUUGCUUACCCGCCUCUGUCAUUUACCUAUGCCUUGGAGAAUACUCCGCAUCUCAGUGGAAUUGUCCCAAGCACAGGCCCACCAGGAACUGAAAUUCAGAUCAGUGGAUCUAAUUUGGGUGUUGAUGUCUUGGAAAUUUCAGUGAUGAUAAAUAAUGUCCCAUGCAACAUAACCAUGGUCAACGAUACUGUGUUACAGUGCAUUGUUGGAGAUCACGCUGGUGGCACUUUUCCUGUUGAGUUGCAUCAUAAGACCAGAGGUUCUGCCGUGUCCACAGUUGCAUUUGAAUACCCACUAGAUAUUCAAAAUAUACAUCCAAGCCAAGGGAGCUUUGGGGGAGGUCAAAUCAUGACUCUGACAGGCACUGGGUUUAAUCCAGAAAAUUCAAUGGUAUUCAUAUGUGACUCAGAAUGUGCAGUCGAUACCCUUAACUCUGAUGACACAACAUUAUUAUGUAAAAUUCCACCUAAUAAUGGCAGCGGCCCUGAGCAAGCCUGUGAAGUGAGUGUGGUCAAUGGGAAGGCUGCGUCACAGUCCACGACUCCUUUUACGUACACUCUGUCCCUCACUCCACUCAUAACUGAAAUCUCUCCCAGGAGAGGCAGCACAGCCGGAGGCACGAGACUUACAGUCACGGGAUCAGGCUUCAGUGAAAAUAUGCAGGAUGUUUCCAUCACCAUAGCUGAAACCAAGUGUGAUGUUGAAUAUUCCAACCAGACACAUAUCAUCUGCAUGACAGGUGCCCACAGGUCUUCAGGGAGGGCUUCAGCUCAUGUGAGCAUCAGAAGUGUCGGCUUGGCCAAACAGGAUAAUGCUGACUUCCUAUAUGUUGAUGCUUGGUCCUCCAACUUCUCAUGGGGAGGGAAAUCUCCCCCAGAGGAAGGGUCACUAGUUGUUAUUACAAAAGGACAAACAAUUUUGCUGGAUCAGAGUACUCCUAUUCUGAAAAUGUUGCUUAUUCAGGGUGGGACACUAAUAUUUGAUGAAACUGACAUUGAACUCCAGGCAGAAAAUAUUCUGAUUACAGAUGGAGGCAUCCUUCAGAUUGGUACUGAAGCAUCCCCAUUUCAACACCAAGCUGUCAUUACCUUGCAUGGGAAUCUGAGGUCUCCUGAGCUCCCAGUAUAUGGUGCCAAAACGCUGGCUGUAAGAGAAGGCAUCCUGGAUCUGCAUGGUCUGCCAGUUCCUGUGGUUUGGACACGUUUGGCUCAUACUGCAAAGGCCGGGGAAAGGACUUUGAUUUUACAAGAAGCAGUAACCUGGAAAGCAGGAGAUAAAAUUGUAAUUGCAAGCACAGGACACAGACACAGUCAACGAGAGAAUGAGAAAAUGACCAUAGCAUCUGUAUCUGCUGACGGCAAGCACAUAACGCUGACUAAUACACUGAAUCACACACACCUCGGAAUCACUGUCACCCUCCCUGAUGGAACUCUGUUUGAAGCAAGGGCAGAAGUUGGAGUUCUUACCAGGAAUAUUUUAAUAAGAGGAUCCGAUAAUAUAGAGUGGAAUAAUAAAAUCCCACCAUGUCCUGAUGGAUUUAAUACAGGUGAAUUUGCUACCCAGACAUGUUUCCAAGGAAAGUUUGGAGAAGAAAUAGGGAGUGACCAGUUUGGUGGCUGCAUAAUGCUUCAUGCUCCUGUACCUGGUGCCAACAUGGUAAUUGGAAGAAUCGAGCAUGUAGAGAUAUUCCACGCUGGACAGGCUUUCCGAUUGGGGCGAUAUCCAAUACAUUGGCACCUGCUUGGAGACUUAAAAUAUAGCUCUUAUGUAAAAGGUUGUGCAAUUCACCAGGCCUAUAAUAGAGCUGUUACCAUCCAUAAUACGCAUCACCUUCUGGUUGAGAGGAAUAUUAUAUAUGAUAUCAGAGGAGGAGCAUUUUUUAUAGAAGAUGGUAUUGAACAUGGCAAUAUCCUACAAUAUAACUUGGCAGUAUUUGUACAACAAAGUAUGAGUCUUCUGAAUGAUGAUGUGACCCCAGCUGCAUUUUGGGUAACCAACCCAAACAACACUAUAAGACACAAUGCAGUUGCUGGUGGUACUCACUUUGGCUUUUGGUACCGAAUGAACAACCACCCCGAUGGUCCAUCCUAUGACCGAAACAUUUGCCAAAAAAGAGUUCCUCUUGGAGAAUUUUUUAACAACACUGUACAUUCUCAAGGUUGGUUUGGAAUAUGGAUAUUUGAAGAAUAUUUUCCCAUGCAAACAGGAUCUUGUACUUCCACAGUGCCAGUACCUGCAAUCUUUAAUUCACUCACCACUUGGAACUGUCAAAAAGGCGCAGAAUGGGUCAAUGGAGGUGCCCUUCAAUUCCAUAACUUUGUGAUGGUAAAUAAUUAUGAGGCUGGAAUUGAGACUAAGAGGAUCCUAGCCCCUUAUGUUGGAGGGUGGGGUGAAACCAAUGGAGCAGUGGUAAAAAAUGCCAAAAUCGUUGGUCAUCUUGAUGAACUGGGAAUGGGGUCUGCAUUUUGCACAAUCAAAGGCCUGGUUCUCCCAUUUAGUGAGGGUUUGACUGUAUCUUCUGUGCACUUCAUGAACUUUGACCGUCCCAACUGUGCAGCUUUGGGGGUGACAUCCAUCACUGGAGUUUGCAAUGACAGAUGUGGAGGUUGGAGCGUGAAGUUUGUUGACAUCCGGUAUUUUAAUACACCAAAUAAGGCUGGCUUUCGAUGGGAACAUGAAGUUGUACUGAUUGAUACUGAUGGUUCACUGACAGGUCACAAAGGACAUACUGUCAUUCCCCACAGUUCACUGCUGGACCCUUCUCACUGCACUCAAGACGCUCAGUGGAGCAUUGGCUUCCCUGGGUCUGUCUGUGACGCUACAGUCAGCUUCCACCGUUUAGCAUUCAAUAAGCCUUCUCCCAGGUCUCUGCUGGAAAAAGAGGUGGUUCUCUCAGACUCUUUCGGCACAAGCAUUAUUCCUUUUCAGAAGAAACGACUGACUCACAUGUCAGGAUGGAUGGCUCUCAUUCCAAAUGCCAGGCAUAUUAACUGGUAUUUUAAAGAUGUAGAUCACAUAGCCAAUAUAUCGUAUACGUCGACAUUCUAUGGCUUUAAGGAAGAAGACUAUGUAAUCAUAUCUCAUAACUUCACACAAAACCCUGAUAUGUUUAAUGUUAUUGAUAUGAGGAAUGGUUCUUCAAAUCCACUGAACUGGAAUACUAGCAAGAAUGGAGACUGGCACCUUGAAGCUAACACUAGUACUCUGUAUUACUUGGUGUCAGGAAGAAAUGACCUUCCUCAGAACCAGUCCAUUUCUGGAACCCUGGAUCCUGAUGUGAAAGAUGUUGUUAUUAAUUUCCAAGCUUACUGCUGUGUUCUCCAAGAUUGCUUCCCUGCACAUUCCCCAUCAAGAAAACCAAUUCCCCGGAUGCGACCAGUCACAUAUAACUUAUGGUCAAAUAAUUCAUUUUGGAAAUCAUCUCAAGAAAAUAAUUAUACCAUACCUUACCCAGGAGCAACUGUGGUUAUUCCUGAAGGAACAUGGAUGGUGGCAGACAAAGAUAUCCCACCAAUGGAAAGACUUAUUAUUUGGGGGAUUCUGGAGCUGGAAGAUAAACAUGUGGGAACUGAAGAAUCUUCUUAUAGAAAAGUUGUUUUAAAUGCCACCUACAUAUUUGUGCAGGGAGGCAGAUUAAUUGGCGGCUGGGAAGAUAAUCCCUUUAAAGGAGAAUUGCAGAUUGUUCUUAGAGGAAAUCAUUCUACCCCAGAGUGGGCUCUACCAGAAGGACCAAAUCAAGGAUCAAAGGUCUUAGGGGUAUUUGGUGAGCUGGAUCUUCAUGGGAUUCCACGAGCAGUAUAUAAAACUAAGCUCUCGGAAACCGCAGAGGCAGGCUCCAAAGUCUUAUCUCUGGUUGAUGCUGUGGAUUGGCAGGAGGGAGAAGAGAUUGUAAUAACAACCACAAGCUAUAAUGUCCACCAGACAGAAACUAGAAGUAUUGUUAAAAUCCUGCAUGAUCACAAAAUUCUUAUUCUCAAUGAGACUCUUUCCUACACUCACCUUGCUGAAAGGUACCAUGUUCCUGGAAUAGAUCAGAGUUACACAUUAGCAGCUGAUGUUGGGAUACUGAGUCGAAACAUCAAAAUACUUGGUGAAGAUUAUCCAGGUUGGUUCGAGGAAUCUUUUGGUGCACACGUCUUGGUCAGCUCAUUCACUGAAAAUAUGAUGACAUUUAAAGGAAAUGCAAGAAUAAGUAAUGUGGAAUUUUAUCACAGUGGUCAGGAAGGCUUCAGGGAUGGCACAGAUCCAAGAUACGCUGUAACAUUUCUUAACCUAGGACAGAGUCAAGAACAUGGCUCCUCUUAUGUCCGUGGUUGUGCUUUCCACAGUGGUUUUUCUCCAGCGAUUGGUGUGUUUGGGACAGACGGGUUGGACAUAGAUGAUAACAUCAUUCACUUUACGGUGGGAGAAGGCAUUAGAAUAUGGGGGGAUGCCAACAAGGUCCGAGGAAAUUUGGUUACACUUUCGGUUUGGCCAGGAACCUAUCAGAACAGAAAAGAUCGAAGCUCAACUCUCUGGCAUGCAGCAAUUGAGGUAAAUAGAGGAACCAAUACAGUCUUACAAAAUAAUGUAGUAGCUGGCUUUGGAAGGGCUGGAUACCGCAUUGAUGGAGAACCUUGCUCUAGUCAAUUUAAUCCCAGGGAAAAGUGGUUUAAUAAUGAAGCCCAUGGAGGUUUAUAUGGGAUCUACAUGAACCAAGAUGGUCUUCCUGGAUGCUCUCUUAUACAGGGAUUUACCAUUUGGACAUGUUGGGAUUAUGGGAUUUAUUUUCAGACCACAGAGAGUGUGCAAAUCUAUAAUGUCACUCUGGUUGACAAUGGAAUGGCCAUUUCCUCGAUGAUUUACAUGCCAGCUGCUGUAUCUCACAAAAUUUCCAGUAAAAUAGUACAAAUUAAGAAUUCAUUGAUUGUUGGAAGUAGCCCUGAAUUUAAUUGCUCUGAUAUCCUUACUGAUGAUGACCCCAAUAUUGAACUUUCUGCUUUGCAUAGAAGCUCUAGACCUCCAUCAGGUGGGAGAAGUGGGAUUUGCUGGCCUACCUUCACCUCUGCCCAUAACAUGGCACCUCGGAAACCCCACGCGGGGAUCAUGAGUUACAAUGCCAUCAGCGGCCUUUUGGACAUCUCAGGUUCUACAUUUGUUGGCUUUAAGAAUGUUUGUUCCAGUGAAACUAAUGUGGUAUUUAUUACUAACCCUUUAAAUGAGGAUUUACAGCAUCCAAUCCAUGUGAAGAACAUACAGCUGGUUGACACUAUUGAACAAUCAAAAAUAUAUAUACACAGACCUGAUAUAAGUAAGGUGAAUCCAUCUGAUUGUGUAGACAUGGUUUGUGACGCGAAAAGAAAAUCUUUUCUCAGAGAUAUAGAUGGUUCCUUUCUGGGGAAUUCCGGUUCAGUGAUACCUCAAGCAGAAUAUGAAUGGAAUGGAAAUAGCCAAUUUGGAAUUGGAGACUACAGACUCCCAAAAGUGAUGCUUACAUUCCCAAAUGGAAGUAGAAUUCCAGUCACUGAAAAAGCACCUUAUAAAGGAAUUAUCAGAGAUUCAACGUGCACGUACAUCCCAGAAUGGCAGAGUUAUCGGUGCUUUGGGAUGGAAUAUGCUAUGAUGGUAAUUGAGAGCCUGGAUUCGGACACAGAGAUCCGAAGACUUUCACCAGUGGCUAUUGUGGGCAAUGGUUAUGUUGAUCUCAUUAAUGGUCCACAGGAUCAUGGCUGGUGUUCUGGAUAUACUUGCCAAAAAAGGCUCUCUCUGUUUCAUAGCAUUGUGGCUCUAAACAAAUCUUAUGAGGUUUACUUCACUGGCACCAGUCCUCAGAAUCUUCGACUGAUACUGCUUAAUGUUGACCAGAGCAAGGCUGUUCUGGUAGGAAUUUUUUUCCCAACACUUCAGCGUUUGGAUGUUUACGUGAACAAAGUAUUGGUCUGUCCCAAAAAUACAAUAUGGAACUCCCUACAGAAAUACUGUGAGCUUACUAGACAUCUUUCUACAGAACAAUUCCUUCCUAACCUGAAUUCUACUCUCCUUGGUGAAAACUACUAUGACCCAACUUACCAGAUGCUUUACCUUUUGGUUAAAGGAACGAUACCUGUUGAAAUCCACACAACUGCAGUCAUAUUUGCUUCCUUCCAGUUACCUACCGUCACAGAAGAUGACUUCUAUAGCUCUCACAAUUUGGUUAGAAAUCUUGCUUUGUUCCUAAAGAUACCAAGUGACAAAAUUCGUAUCAGCAAAAUAAUACAAGGGGAGAGUCUGCGGAAAAAGAGAUCUGUGGGACUCACAGUUGAACUGGAGAUUGGAGAUCCGCCCCCUCAGUCUCUAAGCAAUGACACCACAGGCCAGAUGCAGUUAUCUGAACUCCAAGAAAUUGCUGAUUCUCUUGGACAAGCUGUAAUUUUAGGAAAAAGCAGCAGUAUCCUUGGGCUUAAUAUAUCUUCCAUGUCUAUUACCAAUCCUAUCCCCAACCCAAGUGAUUCUGGCUGGAUUAAGGUGACCGCUCAGCCAGUGGAGAGGUCUGCAUUUCCUGUCCAUCACGUGGCCUUCGUGUCCUCACUCUCUGUGAUCACUCAGCCCGUGGCAGCACAGCCAGGACAACCAUUUUCUCAGCAGCCUUCCGUAAAGGCAGUAGAUUCUGAUGGUAAUUGUGUAUCGGUUGGGAUCACUUCACUGACAUUAAAGGCCAUACUAAAGGAUGUCAAUAAUAACCAAAUCAGUGGUCUGAGGGGAAAUACAACAAUUCCAUUUAGCAGCUGUUGGGCCAACUACACAGACCUCAUUCUCCUUAGAACAGGAAAAAAUUAUAAGAUUGAAUUUAUACUGGAUAAUGUGGCCCGAGUGGAGUCCAGAACUUUCAGCCUGUCAGCACAGGCUGUGUCCGGUGGUGGUGGCAGUGGGGGCAGCAGCGGUGGUGGCAGCAACAGCAACAACAAAGCAUCAACUGUGGGUCCAACUGCCCAGAUAAUGACCAUAGUAAUUAGCUGUCUGGUGGGAAGAAUGUUGCUCUUGGAAAUAUUUAUGGCUGCAGUUUUGAUUUUGAACAUAACUUUAGGAAGCAGCUGAAUUGCUGUCCUGAAGAAAAAGCUGAACACAAAAUAUGACAACUGUUUACUAAGAGCUGUUAUUUUGCCGAACAAGAAAAAUGUCUGUAUCAUCUUUAUGAAAUAUGCUAAAAUA